AUGUCCAGUCAGAAGGCUCUCAUCUUGCACAGCAAGGACGCCGGGAAGUUUGAGCUCGGUAGUCGCCCCAUCCCAUCGCCAGGUCCUGGUCAACUUCUCAUCAAGGUAUAUGCGGCCGCGUUGAACCCCGUCGAUGACUAUAUCCGGGCUGUUGGGUAUAUUGUCGAGCAUUAUGGUUUCCCUGCAGUUCCUGGUAGCGAUGGCGCAGGUACUGUGGAAGCCAUCGGCGAAGGCGUGUCUGGCUUCGAGAAAGGUGACCGGGUCCUUUUCCCCUGCUUCUGGACUGCCGACCGUGGUACACUCCAGCAAUACGCUAUCUCUGACGCUGUGCGGACUGCGAAGAUCCCCUCUAACUUAUCCUUCGACGCGGCAUCUACUAUUCCCUUAGGUCUUGGGACCGCUGCAAUGGGACUCUACGGUGAAGUCAGAGAAGGCUUCGAAGGCCCUGGUGGCGGUAUCGGUUUGGAGGCACCUUGGACCGAUGCCGGGAAGGGCAAGUAUUCGGGUAAAGCUAUCUUGAUCCUGGGAGGGUCGACCUCCGUGGGACAGUUUGCCAUCCAGCUUGCUAAGCUAUCCGGAUUCAGCCCUAUCAUUGUGACUGCUUCUCAACGCAACGCGGAGUAUUGUAAGGCUGCUGGAGCAACUCACGUCAUCGACUAUCGAGAGACUCCCUACUCUGAGCUUCCGGAUGCUGUUGCCAAGAUCACGACACAGCCCAUCGAGGUCGUGUACGAUGCAGUGACCAGGGAAGAUUCCGUCCCCGCGGGUCUUCGUGCCCUUGCACCCGGAGGGAGCAUCGUCGUCGUACUUCCUCAAAAGGCCGCCAAAGCUGGCUCGCGCGGGGCAGACAACAAGCUUCUUGUAUUCUGCUACGGAAACGUCAAUGUCGAGGACAAUCAUGCACUGGGUGCGAGCUUGUAUUCGAAGCUCAUAGCUUUAUUGGAGGACGGGUCAAUCAAGCCUAAUGCCGUCGAAGUGCUGCCGGACGGUCUAGCUGGAACUUUUGCCGGUCUCGAGCGUCUUGCAAGCUGGAGCGUUAGCGCUUCGAAGCUCGUCGUUCACCCGCAGGAAACAGCGUAA